GUUGUCUCACUCAGGAGGAACAAGUAGGGAAAGUCUUGGAUUUCUUUCGUCUGAGACCGAGCUCCUCGGUUCUGAAUCUGAAUCUGAAUCUGAGAGAUUCGAUUCCCGACCCGCCGGAAAACCCGACCCGCCGAUCUCGCUGGCGCCCAUAUUCUGACCAGAUCUUAUCUGAUUCCCUCAGAUCUCUUUCCUUCCUUCCUCUCUCUCUCUCCCCGUCGCCCAUCUGCAGCAUCAAUCCAUCCGCGCACCCGAAUUCCGUCCGCCGCAAAUUCAUCUGGAGCCUGCCCACUUCACCUUUCGAUCCGGCAGCAACCCGGGCGUCGUAAAUUUCGCGUCUUGCUGCGGGAUCUAUCCGUUUCGGUUGAUGCUUCGGCUCGGGUUGGAAUCGGAGUAGCUGCUGCCGGCGGGAUCGAUGGGAUCCUCUCACUCGGUUCAGGAAGCGAGGGACGACGAGGAGAGCCAAGAUGGGGAGGACGACGAGGAGGAAGAGGACGAGGAGGAAGACGGGAAUGCGGUGCUCAGUAGGAACGAAUUGAGCAAUACCCACCUGGUCAAGAAGGUGCUGGAGCAGGAGCCGGAGAUGUUGCCGUGCUACGCGUCGGCGUCGCCGCUCUCUCCGCAGCUCUCCACCCUCGGGACGCCGCGGAUGGGGCCGUCGAUCAAGGUCUGGGACCCCUACAACGUCCUCGCGCCGCCCCCGCCGCUGCCGCCGCCCCCGCCGGUGUUCUCCCGGAGCUUCUCCUCCAGCACGAUGGAGGAGGACCGGGGCGCGGCCGCGACGGAGGUGUUCUUGAUCAGCCACGGCGAGUGCGAGACCGGCUUGAGGCCGGAUUUGGUCGGCGGGCGGUGUGCUGCCGCGGGGCUCACGACCAAUGGGAAGCGGCAGGCCAGGGCCUUGGCCGUGCUGCUGAAUUCACAUGGUGUCCGGUUUGGCGCCGUAUAUUCUUCGCCGCUGGAUCGAGCAAGGUCGAUGGCAGCUUCGGUUUGCCAGGAAAUGAAUUUUUCCUCAGAACAGAUUCAGUUGUCAGAUGCGCUUACAGAGAUGAGCCAAGGUCAAUGGGAGGGAUGUCCUGUGUCAGAAAUAUAUACGCCUGAAAUUUUGGGUGUAAUGGAGAGACUUCAGCCUGAUUUUUCUGCACCUGGUGGAGAGUCUCUUAGGGAGGUGGAGUUCCGAAUGGUUCGCUUCUUAAAUGGAACCGUGCUUGGUCUGCCUGAGAAGUUGCGCUCAGAUUUCUCCAUCCACGGUGCAAAUGAGAACCAUCGAUACUCCCACCAGAAUGCAUACGCUUCAUCCAAUUUUAUUGGUGACCGAGAUGGGCCUUCCCUCCCAUCACCCCGCUCCGAUUUGCUUCUCAGACACAGGCAGGGAUUGACAAAGAAAAAAUCUGGUAAGAGCAGGCUUCAGUAUGUAAAUACUACUGGAAAUCAUGAUACCGAAGAUGAUAAUUCUCCUCGGGAAGUGCAUUCCCAGAACACACUGCAUGAUCUAAGUGAAAGGAGCUCUCUUUCCAGUAUUUCCUCUUGUGUCGGUAUAUUUACACAUCCAACUACGAUAAAGUGUCUAAUCACGGGGAUUAUGGGAUGCAGUCCUCUAAUGUCUCAUAAGAUCUGCGUGGAAGAUUCCUCAGUGACAGUCUUACAACAUUCCUGGAAAACGGGGUGGCAGAUAAAAAGAUUAAAUGACACCUCGCACCUGAGGCUCCUUUAGAUGGAGAACUCAACAGACACAAAGCUCAGUAUCGAGAACAUUGAGGAUUGAUUAUCGAGUUAAACCCCACGACCUUCUGGUUUAUGUUUGGAUUUGUAUGUUUGAGUGAUUCUUUUUUCCUCUGCAAACACUUGCAAUGAUGUUGUAACCUAUCAUAUAUUUAUUCCUCCAUGUUCAUGAACUCCGAGCAGAAAGAGAAACCAGAACAGUCGCCGGAGUUUGACCUUUUUGUAUUUGCGAUUCUUUGUAGGGUUCUUGUCAAAGAGUGACAUCUGAUAAUCCAAUGUCUGGAAUUGUUGAUCUAAAA